UUCAUUUUUGGACCUUGCUGGCUGUUUCUCACCCUUUGUGUUAAGUGGCUUUUAAUUUGUAAUCAGUUUUGAAGAAAAAUGGAAGGUUCGGGUUCCUUUAUGAGGCAGCUGAGUAGAAAAGAAGGUUGCAAAUCCACAUCCUGGAGAUGGGUAGGGGAUGACUCCGGCAAUAGUUUUGAGGCAAACUUAACUCAAAUGGAAGAAGAGCUCAACAUGAAUGGCAAUGGGGUUGAUCAAAAUGACAUGGUGUUAAGGAAAAGAGUGAUGGUUGUAGUGGACCAAAGCUCACAUUCUAAGCAUGUCAUCAUGUGGGCUCUUACAUAUGUAGCUAACGAGGGUGAUGUGCUCACUUUGCUUCACGUUAUUCCUCCAACCCAAAACAGUUCUAAAUCUUCUUUUUCUUCCACUUUCCUUGGCUCACUUUGCAAGGCUUAUAAACCUGAGGUAGAAGUGGAAGCAGUGGUUAUCCAAGGUCCCAAGGUGGAGACAGUGUUGAACCAAGUGAAGAAGCUAGAGAUUUCAGUGUUGGUACUGAGCCAGAAAAGGCCAUCUCCAUUUUUAAACUGUGUGAGGGGGAGCAGCACCGAGGAGUUUGUCGAGCAGUGCAUAAACAAUGCAGAAUGCUUAACCAUAGCGGUUAGGAAGCAAAGGAAAGGCGUCGGUGGCUACCUGGUUACCACUCGAUGGCAGAAGAAUUUCUGGCUAUUGGCUUAAUACCACUUGUUUUCAUCAACUAUACAUUAAUUAGUACGUGUAUGAUGUCCCUGAGAGCA